AUGGACGAGCGCCGCCUGGUGGGUCGCUUGAAAGAUCCCAAGUUGCCUCGAGAGGAGCUGGAUCGCCUCGCGACCUCGCAAUUCUCCCCGCCUUCCAUGCGAGUCGCCAUUGCUGGCAUCAGCGCUUUCAGCCGGCAGAACCGCUGGGAAGACAGCUUGGGCUUCCUUGAGGCCAUGCACGCUCAGAAGUUGCAACGCCACCUCUACACGCACAGCGCGGCGAUCAGCGCGAUGGAAGCGAGCGGGCAGUGGGCUCAUGCCCUGGCCCUCCUCACCGAGCUGCAAGGCCUCCAAAUUCAGCUGGACACCAUGGCUUUCAACACGGCCAUGCGCGCCUGCGCGUCGGGCGAGGCCUGGACACAGGCGCAGGAGUUGUUCCUGGAGCUCCGCGCCGGGCAGCUUGAGCCGACGGCCAUUACGUUCAGCGCAGUAGCGGCAGCCUUGCGCGGGACCUGGCGCCGGGCGGUGGCGCUGGUCGCAGAGGCCCGGCAUAGCAGCGUUCGAUUGGACGCGGCCUUCUUCUCCACCCUCAUCGCGGGACUGGACGGCGAGGCGUGGGAGGUGGCGCUUGCCUUGCUGGCAGACAUGCUCAGGAGGGACAUUCCUGCCGACAGCUGGGUGUUCUCCUCGUGCAUGAGCACGUGCGAGAAGGCAUCCAGCUGGAUCGCAGCCCUUGGAAUUUUCAGCGACAUGCAAACUCAGCAGUGGCAGCCAGAUGCCAGUGCUUUCAGCAGCGCGGUCAGCGCCUGUGGCAAGGCGGAGCUCUGGGAGGGUGCCCUCACUCUUUUCGAGUCGGCGGGGCCCAAGCGACGAGACACCAUCACCUUCAGCGCUGCCAUCUCCGCCAUGGAGAAGAGCCGUCGCUGGUCGGAAGCCCUGGCCCUCCUGUCAGCGAUGAGGCAGCAGAAGAUGACCCCGAACGUGAUCUCCUAUUGCGCGGCCAUCAGCGCCUGCGAGAAAGGGGCGGAGUGGCAACGCGCAGAGGCCCUGUUGGCAGAGAUGCGGUUGCAGGGCCUAGAGCUCAACUCCAUUGGCCUCUGUGCGGUGAUCAGCGCCUGCGACAAGGGAGGCGAGUGGCAGCGAGCACUGCACUUCUUAGAGGAGCUGUCUCUGAGCAGCCUCGAGCUGGGUGGCAUCGCGUUGAAUGCGGCCCUCAGCGCGUGCGAGCGUGCCGAGGCCUGGCAAAGCUCCCUCAGCGUCUUCGCACCGCGGCGGGGAGUGUGGGGAUAA